UACCUGGCCCCAAACGAAAGCAGGCGCUUUGUAUGCUGCCAGCACUGUUGGCGGUAGGUCUGAUUCAAGCGGCGCCCAUGGUGCAUAAGGAUCUUGAUGACUGCCAAAGGGCAUAUCUGGCCGUGGCGCAUUGGCUGGCUUUGUGGCAGGUGCUGCCAUGGGAGGGUUGCCAUCCGCAUGUGCAGCUUGCACCGGCGCGGCUUGUGGUUUUCCAGGAGCGACAGAAUCAGCCUGGGCACUGCUCGCGCCGCCAAAAGCAGAUGCACCAAAGGCCGGCGCUGUCAAAGGUUUCGCAGGCGUCGCAAAGGCAGUCGGAGUCGAUUGCCCGCCGAAUGCAGGCACCGAGAAAGCGGAUGAAGCUUGCUGCGAGCCUGCAAAUCCGCCGAAGCCAGCGGCGGGUGUCGUCGUGCUACCGAAUGCUUGCGCUGGGGUGACAGGCGCUAUGCCGAAGGCAGGUGCUGCGCCAAUUGCCGAUGCCGCAGACGCAUUUUGGGGUGCAAAUGCGGAUGCUACAGGUCGAGGGGUGGAGAACGCACCAAAUGCGCUACCAGCUGUCGGCGCAGGAAUGCUGCCGAAUGCACUCUGGCCGAAUGCAGGUGCUGGACUUGCAGAUCCGAAAGCACUUUGGCCAAAUGCAGGCGCGGCCGCCGACGGGGCUCCAAAAUUAGCAGUAGCAGUUUGAGUGGCACCAAAACCAGUCUGUCCGAAUGCGCCGGGAUGGCUCGACGUGCUGCCGAAAGCGGUGGGUGUUGCGCCAAAUGCGCUUGGCUGACUCGCUGCAUUGCCGAAGCCCGUUGGCCGACCAAAAGCAGUGGCGGGCGCUGUAUUGAAUGCGCUAGUGGGCGAUGCACCAAAUCCGCCUGAGGUAGGCUGACUUGGGCGAGUUGACGCGAGCGACUCGUUUGCUUUUUGGGCGACUGCGUCGGUGUUCGCUAGGACUUGCUUGGUGAGCGUAUCAGCUUGUUGUAUCAGAGCUGCCUCUCUCUGCUCGACUGCGAUCAGUGCUGACGGCGAUGAAGGAGAUGGACGCUAG